AUACACAUAAUCCACAUAGAGUUUUAUAGUCUCCGAAGCCACUCAACCUAAAAAUUAAGAAAAGCGGAAACCUCCCAAUCCCCAAUCAUGACCACAAAUCAUUCCCAUCAUCAUACUGAUCAGCUACAACUGGUCUUUCUCUCCACCCCUGCAAUCGGAAACUUGGUCCCAACAGUUGAGUUCGCUCGUCACCUGCUUAACCAUCACCCUCAAUUCUCUGCCACCAUUCUUCUCAUAAACGAGGACCAUAGGCCCAUCGUCAACAUUUAUUCCCAAUCAAUCUCUGCCACCGCUCCAAAUAUCCGAUUCAUCCACCUCCCCCCUGUAUACCCUCCCUCACCCGAUCAAUUCUACUCUUCCUUAGGCUACGUGUCUCUUCUCAUCAACAACCACAAGCCCCAAGUCAAGAACGCAAUCGCCAACCUCAUCGGAACUCACUCCUCCCCCAAGUCACCCUCCCGAGUCGCCGCCUUGUUCGUCGACAUGUUCUGCACCCCCAUGAUCGAUGUCGCCAACGAGUUGGGUGUUCCUUGCUACCUUUUCUUCCAGUCUCCGGCGUCUUUCUUCGGCUUCAUGAUUGACCUUCCGGAUCUCGAUCCCAAACUCGUCACUGGGUUUUCGGACUCCGACACCGAGUUCAGCAUUCGGAGUUUUCGAAAUCCGGUGCCUAAAAAUUUGUUGCCAAACACGGUGUUAAAGGGAAAGGAUGGGUACUCUUGGUAUGUACACCAUGGCAGACGGUACAUGGAAGCCAAGGGUAUUGUUGUAAAUACGUUCCGAGAGCUGGAAUCCUAUGCGAUAGAUUCCCUAUCUUCGGGUGGUGUACCAAAAGUUUACCCAAUUGGUCCGGUUAUUGACCUUAAUGGGCCAUCUCUAUGGCAUCCGGAUCGAGCCCAUUACGAAACUGUGGCUAAGUGGCUCGACGGUCAACCGAAAUCGUCUGUUGUGUUCUUGUGCUUUGGCAGCAUGGGAAGUCUUAGUGGGAAACAAGUAAGGGAGAUAGCGGUUGGGCUUGAACGGGCCGGGUUCCGAUUCUUGUGGUCGUUGCGCGAGCCACCCAAAACACAACUGGAUCUCCCGAGCGAUUACGUGGAUGUGAGCGAAGCUGCACUACCAAAUGGGUUCCUAGAACGAACGGCUGGGAUGGGUUUGGUGUGUGGAUGGGUCCCACAGGUGACAAUCCUGGCCCACCAGGCGAUCGGAGGGUUCGUGUCGCACUGCGGUUGGAACUCUAUAUUGGAAAGUUUAUGGUACGGUGUGCCAAUUGCCACGUGGCCAAUCUAUGCAGAGCAACAGUUGAAUGCUUUUGAAAUGGUCAAGGAAUUGGGAUUGGCAGUGGAGCUUCGAUUGGAUUACAGAGAGGGGCGACAUAAUUUGAUACCAGCGGAGGAGGUGGAGAGAGGAAUCAAGCGGCUGAUGAAGGAUGAUGAAAGAGUGAGAGAAAAAGUAAAAGAAAUGAGAGAGAAAAGCAGAAUGACUCUGAUGGACAACGGAUCUUCGUCUGUGUCUUUGGGAGCAUUGGUUAAGGAUUUAAUGUCUGAUAAUUAAAAUGUGCAAUAUAGUAUUUGUGCAAUAAAGUGUGUCUAAAACAUAGAAUUUAAACUAUGCGAUUUAAUAAAAGGUCCAUUUGCAGUCCUGUACUGAGCAUGAAUUAUGGAUAAAAGAAAAAAAUUAUUUCCCUUUUCUA